AUGCGUUUACUCAUAGUCCCAACGGAUGUCACGGUUUGGGAUUGGCUCUUUGAUCCUUAUUCUCCCCAUUGCCCAUUGUCCAAAUAUCCAGCUUCCGAGAUUGCCGGGUACACAAAUGCCUCUACACGGGAGCGCGUCAGCUUUGCGCAGGUCAAGGAGUACACCACAUUCCUCUCGACCGCUCUAGUAAGGAUGUUUGACUUUAAUGAAGGAGAUACGGUGGCAUUGUUUAGCCAGAACACAAUAUGGUACCCAGUUGCCAUGCUGGGGGCCAUCAGAGUGGGAGGCGUUGUGUCUGGUGCUUCACCUGCAUAUAAUGUGGAUGAGAUGACAUAUGCGUUGAAGACAGCUCAAGCGAAGAUCUUGAUGACUAUGCCAUCUUCAAUGACUGUUGCUGUUGAGGCUGCCAAGAAUGCCGGCAUCCCGCAGAACAGGAUAUUUCUGCUUGAAGGCGAAGUGGAAGGGUAUACAACAAUGAAACAGCUCUUGGAUAUCGGGAGGAGCUACGGCUCUGAAGGACAGGUAAAAGCAUUUAAGAUACCCCCUGGGAAAAAGAACAAGGACGUAUGCGGCUUCUUGAGCUUUAGCAGCGGGACAACAGGGUUGCCAAAAGCAGUGAUGAUUGCACACCAAAAUGUCAUCGCCCAGUGCUUGCAGGUCCAGCAGGUAACGCCAGAAUCGCACAAGAAGGUUCUCGCUGUGCUACCUUUAUUUCACAUCACUGGGCUUGUCCAUCAACUCCAUUUGCCUGUUCUUCUCAACGCGGAAAUAUACAUGCUCCCGUCAUUUACCAUGGAGGCUAUGCUCGAUGCGGUCUCCACGUUUAAGAUCAAAGAGAUGUUGCUUGUCCCACCCAUCUUAAUUCGAUUGGUCCGUGAUCCCGUUGUUGAUAAGUAUGACUUAUCACAUGUUGAACGCUUCUCCUCCGGCGCCGCUCCUCUAAGCGCAGAGAUCCUAGCGUUUUUGGAAAAGAAGUUCCCCGGAACCGGCUUCAAACAAGGGUACGGCAUGACCGAAUCUUGCAGCUGCAUAACCACGCACCCCAUUGGCAAAAUGGGUUAUGAGUAUGCGUUCCGUGUUGGCACCAUUGUUGCCAACACUGAGGUCAAAAUCAUCGAUCCGGACACUGGUGCCGAACUUGGAUACAACCAACCGGGAGAAAUUCUUGCCCGCGGGCCUCAAGUGGUAAUGGGCUACUUGAACAACCCCAAAGCAACUCGCGAGACCUUUGAUGAAGAUGGCUGGCUACAUACUGGUGACGUCGGCAAGAUCGAUGAAGAAGGCUUUAUCACUAUUACGGACCGGAUCAAGGAAAUGAUUAAAGUCAAAGGUAUCGGUGUUGCUCCAGCUGAACUGGAAGAUUUGCUUCUGGGUCAUCCGGAUGUCGAGGAUGCAGCCGUCCUCGCUGUCCCGGAUGAAUAUUCUGGGGAAAGACCUAAGGCAUAUGUGGUAUUGAAACCAGCACGAAAGGACGACGACCUUGUGGCAACUGGAAGAAAGCUUAUUAAGUAUGUCCAGGAAAAGAAGGUGAGACAUAAGUGGCUUGUGGAGGUAGAGUUUACGGAGGAGAUUCCAAAGAGUGCGAGUGGGAAGAUUUUGAGGCGAGUGCUAAGGGAGCAACAGAAAAACGGUGGUAAAAAGGGCACUGUCGUGAGAAAUGAUGAGAGUGCAGCGAAGGCGAGACUGUAGAUACAUCAUGUUUAUUUCGCUAUAAAAACUGAUUGUUACAUAAAAUUUUGAUCUUUCGAUUCUUUGGCCGGUCUCGAGUUACCAAAAUCUCGCCCAAAGCAAACUCCUUAAUAAACAAUAAAGGUUCAAGGGGGCGGAAAAAAAGCCCCAAAAAGCCCAUACGCCAUCAUGCUAGUCAAGAUCAAGAAAAAAUUACAAGCCCCUUCUGCCUUAAGAUCGACGCGAAUGGAAACAACGGCUUAUCUUUAAAAUAGAGCUCUAGCGUCCUGCAAUCUGCCUGAAUUUGCUUUCUGCAACAUUGCACUCAUGCAGAGGGGGGCGAAGUUUCCUCAGAAUUUGUCAGUUCACCGUAGGCUUGAUUUAAGUAACCCAUCGGUAACUGGCAUAUCGUCCAGCUGUUUCACUCUUUCUGAUGAUUUUGACAACCUGCCCUCGUCUCAAACCCAAAUACUUCGCCACUGGAUCACCAAUUUGAAUUCUGGGUAGCUGAGAUUCCUUCAGCCUGUAUCUCUGCAGCAGUCUUUUCUUCUCUUCCGCGCUCAACAAUACAUGUUUUGGCACCAGCUCAUGAUGCGUGAUAUUGACCAAUAACUCCUGCUCCAAAAAAUGUUCGCAGAAGCGUCCGGGAAUACCGGUCAAUAGGCGGAUCGCGGAGGGAGAAAUGGGAGAUUGUGUUAUAAAGAUGCCGGUGUGGUAGUUUUGUUCGUCGACGAAGUGGUUAAAAGCGCGGACCUGCUUGGUUCCUACACCUUGGGCGUCGGCGCAGAACUCGACGUAGAUGGUGCCGCAUUCGGGAACAGGAUUGGGUUUGGCGGGCGAAGCGAGAGGAGUAUACUUUUCAAUCAUGGUUUGUGAGGGGCGGGCACUGAUGCGCAUCUU